AUGCUUUGGAUACAGCGAAGAUUCUUAAGCCGUUGUGUCGAUUUACUUCGUACAGAAACAGCACGAACUUAUUUCCAAAUUAUAUCGAAUAAGCUGAAAGCACUCCAGAAAAACGUAGAUGAUGGGUUAAGAUUUAAUAAUUCUGCUUCGAUCACACACUUAGAAACUGUAACAACAUUGGCUCACACAUUUUACGAUAAGUUGGAAAUGCUAACAGAAUUGGAUAUGCUUUUAAAAGAGGAAAAUGAUGUGGAAAUACAAGAAAUUGCUAAGUUGGAUAGUGAACGAUUAACGGAGGAACUCGAUAGUGUUGUGAACGAAUUAACCGAUGCUGUGAUACCUGUUACUGAAUACGAUUCACUGAACAACUGUCAGCUAGAAAUCACUCCAGGUGUAGGCGGUAUCGAAGCAUCCUUAUUCGCAUCUGAAUUGGCUCAAAUGUACCGUAAUUACACGCAGUUUAUGAAGUGGAAAUGGACGCCUUAUCAAUUUGAUGCUUCACCAUCGGGAGGUAUACGUAGUGCUAUAAUUUUUGUGCGAGGUAACGGAGCAUUCCGGGCGUUACGUUAUGAAGCCGGUGUUCAUCGAGUACAAAGGUUUCCAGUAACGGACAAAACACGUAUGCACACAAGUACAUCUGUUAUAGCUGUUCUUCCGGAACCAGAAAAGAUAGAAGCUUGCGUGACACCGGCUGAUGUGAAAGUAGAAACAAUGAGAGCUUCAGGUCCUGGUGGCCAGAAUGUCAAUCAACGAUCUACAGCGGUCCGCUUAACUCAUCGUGAAACGGGUAUAACAGUGCAUUGCAUGGAUGAAAGGACACAAUAUUCUAAUAUGGAAAUAGCGUACAAACGAUUAGCUGCGAUAUUGUUACAACGGAAACUUGAUGAAACACAGAAGCAAUACUCAUCGUCCAGAAAACUACAAAUAGGAACUAAGGCACGAGCUGAAAAAGUGCGAACAUACGACUUCAAGGAUGAUCAAGUGACAGAUCAUCGUUUGGGUAAAACUUGGCAAGGUGUUGCAAAUGUUAUGAAGGGGAGCGAUGUUUUAAAUCAAAUAAUUCAAUCUCUGGAUGAACUCUCAAAAGCUCAAUAUUUAAAAGAAAUCUUAAGCGCGGAAGAUUGUAAUGCCAAAUAUACUGAUUCUAAUGUUUAA